AUGACGAUGAUGCGGCUGUCCACGUUGCUCUCCCUCUCUGUCGGGCUGCUCCACUCAGGUGGGCAAGCCGCACCAGCCGACACCAGCAGACUGGCGCCCAGGGUACCUAACGGCGUGAUCAUUGAGCACUGCACUGUUCCCGGUACCGUGGCCCUCACGUUCGAUGACGGUCCCUUCAGCUACACCGGCCAUGUCCUGGACCUCUUGGACGCGUACGGUGCCAAGGCUACAUUCUUCGUCAACGGGGAGAACUGGUCUCACGGAAUCGAUGACCCCUCGACUACGUGGCCCAGCAUCCUGAAACGCAUGGUUGCCUCUGGUCAUCAGAUUGCAUCUCACACUUGGUCUCAUCAAGACCUGACGUACGCCAGCUGGGAGCAGCGAAGAUACCAGAUGCAGCAACUCGAGACAUCCCUUCGAAAUGUGAUUGGCAAGGUCCCAACUUAUAUGAGACCGCCUUAUGCCAACUGUGGAGGCGAUUGCCUCCCCGAUAUUGAGAGCUUGGGGUAUCACGUGGUCAACUUCGACGUCGACACCAAGGACUACCUUCACAACUCGCCAGGCACCAUCCAGGCGGCGAUAGAUACUUUCUCGUGGGCGGUAAGCUCUGGCGGCCAGUCAUCAUACCUGGUGCUCAGCCAUGAUGUACAUCAAACUACCGCCGAAAUCCUCACUCCCGCCAUGUUGGAAAUUAUUCAGGAGAACGGAUUGAGGGCUGUCACGGUUGGCGAGUGUUUGGGUGACCCGGCAAGCAACUGGUACCGCUACUAG